GAACAGGAAAAUCAAUGAAAUUCUAAUGGAUAACUGUACAAAAAAUUUAAUGACUUCCCUCGAACAGACGGUAGGGUUUCCCGGAAUAAAUUGUUUGUUCUGAAUUUUAACAUACGCUGACGAUAGAAUGUCAUCCAGUUGAACGGAUAGUCACUCAAGAAACAGUUUAUGUACGAGUGUGUUGCAUUGUUAAGAUGUGAAAUUGACAGUUAUUUUGUUGUUGAUCUGGAGAUAUUUGUCGGAAUGGAACCUCGGAGACAGGAGACAGAGGAGGGGUACCUCCGGAAGUUUUCACCUCUCUGUGUUGUUGAGUUCUUCUUCUUCCUUGCGUACAUAAUGGGAAAUUUCAUAUCAAUUCAAUAUGGGCAUGGCAAAUUUCGUGAAUCUCUGUUUCCAAACAACACUCAUUUAGAUACAACAGAUAAAUCUCGAUGCAAUACCAAUACUAGUUCUGAGAGUUACAGAAACGAGCAAGAGGUGCAGAGAGUGGUCUCAGAAUGGAGUGUGUACAUUAAUCUAGCUCAAGGAAUUCCUUUAAUAUUUGCAUCAAUUGUAUUCUCUCCUCUAAGUGAUUCUGUGGGCCGUAAGAUUUUCCUUUUUAUAGGUGGCGCGGGUGUUUGUAUCAAACAGUUACUGAUGACCCUAGCUAUUGCAUUUGAUUGGAAUAUUUAUCUGUUUGUACCUUUUACCUUUAUUGAGGGCUGUACUGGUAGUUGGGUGGUCAUCUUGGCCAUCGCUUUUUCCAUUAUGUCUGAUAUAUCAACAGGCCAGUUUAGAUCCUUUCUCAUUGCUGCUAUAAGCUUUGUAUUCGGAGUGGGUCACUCCGUUGGUAACUUCAUACCUGGCUAUGCAAUCGUAGCUUUAGGCUACACUUAUGCCAUGGCAUUGUCGUGCGGUAUAUGUUUCCUAUCGGUUAUUGGUAUAUGUUUCAUGCCAGAAUCCCUACCUCCUAGUCGGCGCUCAACAGUACAUUUUCACUUCAUUACCAGCUUAAAAGAGAUUGUCCAAUUUUACAUAAAGGAGGACGAAUCGUUCAAGGAUUCUAAAAGAUGGAAAUACAUAGUGGGUCUUUCUGCAUUUGCUUUCAUCAUGUUUGCAAGGCUGGGUGCUUCUUUUGAGCUACUUUAUCUGAUCGAUUCACCAUUUUGUUUCAAUCCAAUCAAACUAAGUCUGUUUGAAACUUUGAAAGCAGUAUUGUCUGAAGUCAUUGUUUUAGUUGGAAUAAAACUGAUGCAGCAAUGUUUAAGAGAUGAAAUUAUUGCAUUCAUUGGCAGCAUUUCCUGUGUAGCUUAUUACAUCUUAUUUGGAUUGGCCCCAUCUGAGAAAUACCUUUACAUAGCUGCUGCAGUUGGUGCUGUUGGCAUGUGCUCCAUUCCAAUGAUCAGGGCGGUGAUGUCAAAGAUGACACCUGUAAACAAACAAGGUACACUCUUUGGAAGUAUAGCUAUUAUAGAGAACAUAUGUAACCUGUUUGGCUCUGUACUUGGGACAGCUAUAUAUUCUGCAACAGUUUACUAUAAUCGAGGGAUGGCCUUUCUGGUCCUAGCUGGAUUCAUGUCCCUAGCAUUCAUUCUACUGCUAAUUCUGGUUAUUUGUGGCCGUGGACAGAGAGAUAAAGAUGACUAUGAAUCCAUUCCAACAAGUAAAAAUAUAAACUGAUUUCAAGUUUAUUUUUCAAAGGUAAUAACUAGAAUAUCUUGACUGAAGGUGCAUUAAUCUUUCUACGAGGCAGUUUUGGCUUCUUCGUCCCUAAUUUACAUUUCAUUUGCCUUUCUAAUAUAACUGCUCAGUAAAAUUUAAGACUGAGAUAAGCACCAGACAGGCUUAUUUCUAACUGAGAAUUUUAUGUAGAAUUUUAUUCUAAUCAGGUUGUGUUGACUUCUCAUAUUGUAAAUAAAAGCAACUGACACCACUGAUACAAUUUUUGAGAAAAUGAAAUUCUUUUAAGCAACCACUGUAGAUUUGAAAAUUUUACAUUGUGACACUUUUAUUAUAAAACUAUUAAUUCCUUUUUG